UUACCACUACUACUUGUACCGCACCACACCCUCUCUUCCUCUCUUUUGUUGUGCUCCUCUCCUCCUCUGCUGUACAUCUCUCUCUUAUCUCUCUCAGAAAAAUUGUUCUUCGUCCAGCCCCUCUUUUUUUUUCUCCCUCUCCCUGAGAAAAAAUAGUUUCUACCGGGCUUUGGGCCGCCGGAGCGAGCUUCUGGCCGCGCCCCACCGCCUGGGGUCUCCCGGCGCGGGCUGGAUCUGACGAGCUGCGGUGUUGGUUGCUUCUUCCUUCAAGGUUUCUUGCAAAUUUGGGUGAUCUUGAAAGCUCGUGAAGAAGGGGUUGUUGGCCAAGUAAAAGAUCCUGGAGCUGGCUUAAAGCGUUGUCCAUAAAAAAAAUCAUGGGUGCUCUCUGCGAUUACUGUGGGGAGCAUAGGUCCAUGGUUUACUGCCGAUCCGAUGCAGCUUCUUUGUGCUUGUCAUGCGAUCGCAAUGUGCAUUCAGCUAAUGCUCUUUCUCGGCGCCAUACAAGAACUCUUCUAUGUGAUCGGUGUGCUUCACAGCCUGCUAUGGUCCGCUGCCUAGAAGAGAACACCUCACUUUGCCAAAAUUGUGACUGGAAUGGGCAUAGUGCUGGAUCCUCUGCUGCUGGACACAAAAGACAGAAUAUAAACUGCUAUUCAGGGUGCCCAUCAUCUGCAGAGCUUUCAAGAAUGUGGUCAUUCAUUUUGGAUAUUCCUAAUGUGGCUCCUGAGCUGAAUUGUGAGCAAGUAAUAAGCAUGAUGAGCAUCAGUGACAGUGCUGUCAGUAAUGGAGACAACGCUCAAGGGGACAACAGUUUGGUAGAUAUGGCUUGCGCAACACUUGAUGAAGAAGACAAACAAAAGUCUGUGAUAGGAUCAUCUUCUGAAGCUGCUCUGAACCUUCUUCCACCUGCUAAUAAUCAGACAGCUGUAUCUGUGGAUUCGACGACAGCUAAGUAUACGCCAGACAAACAUAUGUUCAGCAAGGACAGCAUAUAUGAAGAUUUCUCUAUGGAUGAUAUUGAUCUGAGUUACGAAAAUUAUGAAGAACUAUUUGGUAACUCUCAUAUUCAGACUGAGGAACUCUUUGAUGAUGCUGGCAUUGACAGUUACUUUGAACCUAAAGAAGCGACUGCUGUGAAUUCUGAUGAGCAGCCCAAGCCAAAGCAGCCGGCUGCUAGCAAUGCGUUAUCUGCUGACUCUGGGAUGUCAAAUCCAGCAGUAAAAGAAGAUGAUUCCAGUCUUUGUAUUCCUGUGAGGCAAGCUAUUUCCUAUUCUGGCUUUACUGGUGAGAGCAUUCCUGAAGAAUACCAAGACUGUGGUGUAUCACCAAUGCUCCUUAUGGGCGAGCCUCCUUGGCUUCCUCCUGGCCCUGAUGGGUCAUUUGCUGGAAUUAGAGACAGUGCUAUCACACGGUACAAGGAGAAGAAGAAAAGAAGAAAGUUUGACCACAAGAUCAGGUAUGAAUCUCGCAAGGCUAGGGCGGAUGUGAGAAAGAGAGUCAAGGGACGGUUUGUUAAGGCCGGUGAAGCGUAUGACUAUGAUCCGCUCGACACAAGGAGCUACUGAAUGCAGAAAAGCAUUGUGCUUAGAUUAGCAAUCUUAAACCAGUGCCUAUUGCAGCUGGGAUAAAUCGAUAAAUCAGACGCUGAAGCAAUCAUGGCAUACCCACCUCUGGAAAGAAAAGAAUGGAAAGCAACCAGCGAGGCAAAAAAGAUUUGAAAGUUGUGCAAGUUUUUGACGCUGUUUCUCCCGUUCCUUCUGUACAGCGGAUGGAUCUCGCGUCUUCUAUUGCUUUCAGAGCAGUUUUGGUGAACGAAGACAACGCAACUAGAUGGACUUUCUGCGUAUUUCUCCCUUCUACUGACUCUGGCAUCCACCUACCCUUGUUGUGGUGUUUAUGGCGGUAUGCUUCCAGAUUGUGUUCUCUUAGGCGAAAGCUGUAGUUGUGAAGUAUCCUGCUGCGUUAUAUUUUUAUGUGAAUUCUGCUGCAAUCCGGAGUUUUGUGCAAUUAUGCAUGUGUAAAUACCAGGUCGGAAAUAAGCCGGUGGUGGUUGUAAAGUUUGUUGUUUCAAGCUGGUGGUGGUUAUGGAGCCCAUGUAAACUUGCCGCCAAUUUUGUGUGCUCACCCUGCCCAAAUAAGGAAACCUUCAGACCUA